CCCGGUUCACCAAUACGGCGGGAGCUCUGUGAUUUCCAGCCCCCGCGAGCAGCACAGGAAGCCCUUUCCCUUUAAAGCGAGUCCCCGCCCAGCAUGCUUUGGUGUCGUGCUACCGGACUCUCUCAGAGAGACGCCCCAGAGGCGGCAGCGGCAACAUGGAGGGGGAGAGCCCCGAGGAGUACAAGGCGUUCGCGGCCCUGCAUAGAGCGGCGCUGAGCGCCUCGGGGGUGCCCCCGCUGUACUGGGAGCGCCUGCGGCACAAGCUGGAGAACGAGGUGUUUGAUGCUGGUGAGUUUUUUGGAAUAAUGCAAGUAGAGGAAGUGGAGGAGGAGGAAGAAGAUGAUGAUGAAGAAGAAAUUGAAGACGAAUUGAAAAAGAAACCAAAUCCCGGAAACGAACUCUGUUACAAAGUUAUUGUAACCAAUGAGAAUGGACUACAAGCAGCAAAUCCCAAUAGCAUUUUCCUUAUCGACCAUGCCUGGACAUACCGUGUUGAACAUGCACGCCAGCAGCUGUUGCACGUUCCCGGUCUGCUUCACAGAAUGGCAAACCUCAUGGGAAUAGACUUUCACGGAGAGGUCGCGGAUGAGGGAGCUAUUGAGCAGGUGUUGCAAGAAAUGUGGAAAUACAACCAGACCUACCAGCUGUCUCAAGGGACUGCAGAGGAGAAGGUUCCUGUCUGGUAUAUUAUGGAUGAAUUUGGAUCCCGAAUUCAGCAUUCAGAUGAGCCUACCUUUGCAACUGCACCUUUGUUUUACAUUCCUCAGCAAAUUGCUUACACGGUUCUCUGGCCUUUAAGGGAUCUUGAAACUGGUGAGGAAGUGACUCGUGACUAUGCCUAUGGGGAAACUGAUCGUUUAAUCAGGAAGUGUAUGUUGUUGCCAUGGGCGCCUGCUGACGUAUUGGAUGUUAACUAUUCUACACCAGAACCAUCAGAAGAUCACUACCAGGCUAUUUUAAACAAAAACAACGAGAAACUACCUGUGGCUAUAAAUCCACCAGUUUAUGACCAGAAUAAAAUUUUCAAGGUCUACACAGACCUUCCCCAAAUCCUCAACAACUUGAAACACCCACGUUUUGAGUUCACCGAAGAUGAGGGAGAAGCAGACAUCCUCUACAACUUUUCCCACUUCAAAGAUUACAGGAAACUAAGUGAAGAGAGGCCCCAUGUGAUGUUGAAUCAGUUUCCAUGUGAGAAUCUCCUGACUGUCAAGGAUUGCCUAGCAUCCAUAUCUAGACGAGUUGGAGGAAUGGAGGGGCCAAAAUGGCUGCCUCGUACUUUUAACCUUCACACGGAAUUACCCCAGUUCAUCAGCUAUUUUCAGCAACGUGAGAGGAGGGGAGAAGACAAUCACUGGAUAUGCAAACCGUGGAACUUGGCCAGAAGCCUAGACACCCACAUCACCAACAAUCUUAACAACAUCAUCAGGCACAGGGAAAGCAGCCCGAAGGUAGUGUCUAAGUAUAUUGAGAAUCCAGUAUUGUUUCAUCGGGAAGAUGUGGGGAUGGUUAAAUUUGACAUUCGUUACGUUGUGCUUCUGCGAUCCGUAAAGCCACUCAAGCUGUAUGCUUAUGAUGUUUUUUGGCUGCGGUUCUCAAAUCGCGCAUUUUCACUUGAUGACUUGGACGACUAUGAGAAGCAUUUUACUGUCAUGAACUAUGCUUCUGGUGUAACCUUAAAACAGGUUCACUAUGAUGAAUUUAUUCCUCUGUUUGAGAAGCAGUAUCCUGAAUAUUCCUGGAAAACUGUGCAAGCAGAGAUUUUUAAGGCAUUUGCUGAAUUAUUCCAAGCUGCUUCAGCUAAACCUGCACCGUUUGGCAUCUGUGAUUAUCCAUCAUCGCGAGCAGUAUAUGCCAUUGACCUGAUGCUUAAGUGGGAUACUACCAGAGAUGGGAAAAGAACUAUGCAACCUCAGGUCCUGGAGGUGAACUUCAACCCUGACUGUGAUAGAGCCUGCAAAUACCACCCUACCUUUUUUAAUGAUGUCUUCAGCACCCUAUUUCUGGAUGAAACAAAUAAUUGUCAUGUGACAUACGUUGUUUAGGCCUAGAAGACGCGACUUGGUUAUUUGUUUCCUUUAGAGAUAUGCUUAACAGCAAUAUUUGCAUAAGCAGCUCAUAGAACUGAAAUAUAAUUAUUUUCCUAUAAUGGUAAUGAAGAAAAACUUUUAUCAGCUGAAUGGGUAUAUACUGUACUUGUAAUCAGUUGUCUGCGUUUUCUUGUCUUGUUUAGUUCUAAUCAUCAACUUAUGUUGACUUAAAUGUCUUAUUGAAGCCCAGAAAAGUAUAAUAGUAACUAGAGCAAUCAGCUGUUGUUUCUUAGGUAGCCUAGUAUACCUUAUUUGCAUAGCAGGAAGUGUUGUACAAAUUUUCUGUGUCUGCAUUAGAGUAAUAAUUUCCUGUAUCAAAAUGUUUGAGGUCAUGCAUCAUCUCUUCCUCUCUGUAUAAUACCAUUGUCUUCAAGCACUAAUAUGCUUUAUUCCACAAAUUGAUGUAAAGCAACUUACUUUAGGGUUGCAUCUGAUAACUCCAAUGAGCGAACAUUUAUUAAGCUUGUUUGUAAUAAAGUAUUACAGCAACAUUA